UAAUAAAAAUAGCAAAAAAUAAAUAUAAAAAAUGUCAGAAGUUAUUUCUCAUAGUCCCGCAUUUUUCGGUCAUGCAGGAGUUGCACUUGCAUUAGUAUUGGCAAAUGUCGGAGCAGCAUACGGAACUGCUAAAGCUGGUGCAGGUAUAAGUGGAAUUGGAAUAUGGAAACCUUAAAUUAUUAUGAAAUCAUUAAUUCCUGUUGUUAUGGCAGGUAUUUUAGGUAUUUAUGGGAUGAUUGUAUCAGUUAUAUUAAUUUAGAAAAUCUCGAAAACUAAAUAUACAGAUGCUGAUGGAUAUGCUCAUUUUGCAGCUGGAUUAAGUUGUGGAUUUAGUUCUUUAGCAGCUGGAUAUGCUAUUGGAAUUGUAGGUGAUGCUUGUGUUAGAGCUAAUGCACUUUAAGAAAAGAUUUUUGUUGGAAUGAUUUUAAUUUUAAUUUUUGCAGAAGCUUUAGGACUUUAUGGGCUUAUUAUUGCAUUAAUAUUAUCAUAAUGAUUUUUUUUUUUUAAAUAUAUAAUAAAAAAAGGAAAUAAAGAUGAAUUAUAUUUAUUUUUUAUAUAAUAAAAAGAAAUAUAUUAGGCAAUUUUUUUAAAAAAACAAAAAUAAUAAUAUUUACAUUUUUUAUAUUUAUUAAUUAUUUAAAAUAAAA